UUGGUCCGAUGUUGCUACUCCCCGCUGGUGAGGAUAUCACAAACGCCAUAUAUAAGCCACCUCCUCGGCAACAUCCUCCAACCACUUUGUGACGGACGUCUUUGCGGUUUGCAAGAGGGUGACAUUUUGGUAAAAAUUUCAUAGGUUGACAGGAGGUGGGACGAGGGUGGUACGUAUCGUCCAGAUCCGUGUUUUUCUAAAAGAAAAAAGUGUAAAAAAACUUUAAAAAAAUUUCUGGAUAAAUGAAGUGAAAUUGCAAUCGUGGAAUAACAUAAAAAAUUGAAGAUGAUUUUCAAGUGGCAAGUAUUAGCCGCCCUGUUUGUAUCUGCCGCCCUUCUAGCAUAUCACGCAACAAUGGCGCAAGUCGACGGUUAUACCCCUGGCGUAGACUACCCGAUAUACAAUUCCGUACCAUUUGGCUUGACAUUUUCCUGCGGUGGUAAACUCCCUGGAUACUAUGCCGAUCCUGAGGCCAGAUGUCAGGUCUGGCACUGGUGUCUACCGAACGGUAGACAGUACAGCUUCUUGUGCCCGAACGGAACUGUCUUUAGUCAAACUACACGCGUUUGCGACUGGUGGUUUAAGGUUGACUGCAACGACUCUCCAAGGCUCUACGGUAUCAACGACGAUCUCUACAGGGAUGCCAAUGGAAACAAAAUAUGAAAAUGUACAGUACACGUCAAUAAAAAUACUCUAUAAAGUAUCAA